AUGCGCGAGGCGUUCACCGGCAGGUCCUCUACGAUGCGGCGAAGGUUUUCAAGCGCUGGGACAUGCACGACCAGCGCCGCUGCCGGUUGUGCGUCGCGACCUCCGAAGCCGAGGUCGCGAAGUGCUGCGAGAGAUGGCGGUGCCCAUGGCCGGGGCGGGGAUCUGCCCUCCGGCAGGAGCGGAGGAGCCAACGGUCAGGCAGGCCAUGCUGCGGCGGACGGGGCGUGGCAGACAGGCUCCCUCGCGGCGGCCUCGGUCCGCGCCCGGGGCCGCAGGCCUCCGAGGCGCCCCGCCUCGUCCCUGCGCCGCGGUCGGGCCGCCCGUCGGGCCGCG